CAAGUUGUCAAAUAAUCAUUAAUGAAUGUCCCAUUUGGUAGGGACAUCGAUAACAUUUUAGCAAAAUGGUUCAAGGGGAUCAUCCUCCAGACGAUAAUGUAUUUAGAUCUUUUAUAAACGCUGUAUAUAAUACUAUAGAUGCUCCUGUGACAUGGAUGCGAGAAAAGGUCGUGGAACCAAACCAGAAGAAGUAUCCGUGGUAUCACAAGCAGUAUCGCCGUGUACCAACCAUCGAUCAAUGUUAUACCGAUGAUGUGCUUUGCGACUAUGAAGCCAAUUUGCAGUUUAAACGUGAUAGAGCUGUUGAUUCUGAGAUCUUGAACAUUCUGCGUAUGCGUUAUGAGGAUUGCAUGAUGUAUGAAACACCAGAACAUUUGACUGUCUGCAAGCCCUUAUGGGAAAGAUACAAAGCUGCGGAAGAAGCUUGGUUCAUCAAAUAUGGUGACCUUGGAGCUUAUGCUGAUGCUAGGAAAGCGUACAUGAAACAAAAACAUCGUAUGAUUUGGGAGAGACGUAAUGGUCCCCUUUCUGAUCAGACGAAGUGAAUACAGUAAAAAAAUGUUAAUAUAUAAGUAGAUAACAUUAAAUGCCCUUGCAAUAAAAAUUUUAGUAAAUAA